AUGGUUGGAGAAGGAGGUCUCAACAUACAGGCUGCUGACACCAGUCUCUUUGGGUACAUGGGUUUUGUCCAUUCUAUAUCCAAGCGGGACAGCUUUACCCGCAGGCUGGGAUCCUGGUAUGACUUGGUGAGUGUGAAGGGAGGACGACCCAGGAGUUCUUCUGGUGAACGGUUGCGAGUUAUGGGGGAGAAUCCAGCUCUAGAGUGGAACAAUUAUGAUCCAACACAAGAUAACAAAGAUACAGACAUUAUUCUUCAUCCAUUCAUUGCAAGAUUUGACAGCAGAAUUAUAGCAGCUCCUGCCAUUGUUUAUCGAGGGGUUGAAGGAGAGGAUGGGGUAUCGUCCCCUACUCUGGUGGCAGGUCAUUCGUUAGAAAUAAAUGCCACUUCAGAUAUUGACCUCCAUAUAAGUCUGCCACAGAUCUGUCUCCUUCAGGAUAUUGUUGAGGAUACCACAAGAUUGAUAACCCAGAUGAUAGCAAGUGGCAGGCAAGGCCAAGCUUCACAGAUGCCAUUAGACAUCCAGGACAGUGGAGUGGACUGUGACAUAUCGUCAGUAGAACUCUCAAAAGGAAUGGCUAGCCUAAAGUCCACAGGAAGCAGUGGCUCCUGGUCUUUUGUGCCAUUGGAACUACUGGUCACAGGAGGAAAGAUUACUGCCAGCAUCUUUGACAGAGGGAUUCUAGAAGAGGGGCAAAAAUUGAGUGUGAAGGGUUGGCAGCGGAGUAAGCUGGAGCAAAGAGCCAAGAAGAGGGAGCGUGAGCUAGUGGCUGAGGCUGCAUCAACAGAGUCAGAGCCCUCACCCAAGAGGUUACCACAGAACCGCCAGAGAACAUUACCUCGGGACACUGGAGUGGAAACGCCAUCAGAAAAGGAGGUGGAAGAUGGGUAUGAGGGUUCAGAGGAAGGAUCAGUAUGUGAGGGGGGAGGAGUGAACCUCACUCAGCCACGCAUUCGACCCCUUCUCUAUGUGGUGGUUUCCCAGCCUCAUGCUUUCUUAUCUUGUCAGCCAUUAAAACAAAAGCUAGACAUAUCUUGUUUCAACUUCAUACUGCGAAGUGUUCCAAAAGGGUUUUCUGUGAAAGCCACAGAAGCCAAACAGCUGCCAAGUGCAGAAGACUAUACUACAUCAUGGCUUGAGACACGGCCAGGAGAUCCUCAUCUCAAAACUGGCAUUCCUCCUGCUCUGUUAGUUAUUUCUGCUACAGAUUUCCUACACAAGCCUGCGUGCAUAAAUAUUGAAGUUGGAAGGCCAGUCCGCCUGUACCUAAGUGAGAGUCGUUGGCAGCAAGUGAUCCAUGUUAUGAGCAGCAUGUCUAAAGUCACUCCAGUGCUGGGAGUGAUCUCCUCACAUGACGCAAAGCCAGUUCCAAAGCCAGACAGCUCCUUGGACUCCCAAGAGACCUCUUCUCCAGAGAUUCUGCGUCAAGCUCUGUCCAACUUUGACAGCAUAUCCGUGGUGACAAACCAGGUUGUGGUCAACUGUGAAGUGAUGAAGCCACACAAAGCUAAGACAGAACUUCACUGUAGCAUAUCUGGAAUAAAGUUCCGCACUUCUACCACCCGCAAAAGAGCAUCCCAGCCCCAGGAUGCAAGACUGGACAUCAUCUCAGAAAUCACCAUCAAUGCAGAUAUCCUAGAUUUGCACAUGAAAUCAAUCUAUCAUUCUCAAAAACUUCAAACUUUCCUUAAGCCAUGGACAGUAUCUGGGGAACUGAAGCUGCUAUGGCUCCAAUGGAGUACUCAGCCUUAUGUAGAAAUAAGAAUUGAUACAGAAACCAUAAUGGUGGACUUGGGCCCAGAACAUUUAUUUUGCUUCAUGGACCUAUGGCAGCACAUAUCAACAUUCAUGAACAGUGAAAGUGAAGAAAUAAUAGAGGUGAAGCAGGUCAAGCCAGCCAAGAAGGAAGAGCAUCCACAUGACAUUCUGUACCAGGAUGACUUACGUGCUGGAAUUUUCCAGUACGUGAGUCUAGCACUUGAGGAUCCAAAGCCUUACCAAGUUGUGUUUGACAAGAUGGCAGGGACCAUGGUCUGGUGCUACCCAGAACCUCGGACACUGACCAGAGUUGACAUUUAUCCUGUUCCAUUUGUUGCUGCAUCUGAGUUUAGCACAAUGGCAGAUGCCCAAGACAAAGAUCAAGUCUUGUGUGCCCUUCAGUACUUUGAUUCACUACGUGACACUUUCAUAACAUAUCGCCAGUUCCAGUUGUCAGAGUCAAAGUUCUGCCAGCUAGAUCUGCCAAGUUUCUAUGAAAAACAACAUAUUGCAGUAUCAUCUAUGUGGAGAGUGUGUAUAGAUUUCAGGGAAGAAGAUAGUGACUCACAUGAUGGGAAAAUUAUAGUGUCCCCAGGAGCCUUGGCUGCAUGUAUGCGGGUAGAUUCUAUGUUUUCUGUGGACUUAUUGCCCAGAACUCAGGCUGUGGUGUCUGUUGGGCAGGCACAGGUAACUCUUUACAAUCAUCUUGCCCUGACUGGAAAUAAACUGCCCAAAGAGCUUAGAUUUUUCACUUUAGAUAGAUUAGCUCCUGAAGAACAGCCCUUCCUUACUUUUACCUUAGAGAAUGCAUUUAUGCGCACAUAUUCUUGGGCCUCAGCAGCUCAUGUACAGGUAGGGGGAUCUGUGCGAACUGAUGUGCUUAGCUACAGCUUCUUAACCAACAGUUGUCUUCUGGAACCAACAUUUAUUGAAGCAAGUCUUGUCACCCAAGAUGCUGAGGGACCAGAUAAACCUAAUUGCAUUGACUCUAUAAUCACAGUCAAACCAAUGUUCAUCCAUGUAAACCAGUCCAUUAUCCACACAUUGAAUGUCGCCUAUGAGAGUUGGCUGCAGGUGUCAGCCACAGUUUCAGAUGUAGCAUGUGGGCCGAACUUGGCCCUCCUCAAGAAAUCCCCUGUGAUAUUUAUGACCAAUUAUCUUAUAUGCAAUGAUACACUGGAGACUAUAAGGUUUGGGCAAGUAGGGACAGAUGAGAAUAUACUCCUUGGCUCCAGAGGAAUCCACCUUUAUUCCUGGAGGAGUCACAAAUACCCACCAUUACUGCAUGUGUGUGUGGAGGGAGGCAAGUGGAAAUGGUGUGACCCAUUUAUGCUGGACACAGAAGGGUAUCAGAUACGUACAAUUCACCAUGAAAAUUAUCACAUUCACUUCAUGGUAGCCCUAGAGAACUUGUCGCCAACCCAGAAGCUUGUCACAUUCUCAGGACUGCUUUCCAUAGCCAACUGCCUCAAUGAACAUUUGGAAUUCAGAAUCAUUGAGCCAGGCAAGGAAAAAGAUUCACCCAAACAUGCAGCGACACACAUGCUUCAAAGCAAGUUUGUAGCCCCAUCUUACAUUGGUGAGGCCCAUGGAAUACGAGUCCGACUGAUGGGAAACCAGACUAUAUGGUCAGGGGAGAUUCCUUUGUCAUAUGAGCGGACAAAGGACUCCCUCCUGGUGAAGAUUCCCUUGAAGAUGAAGGGAGAGAGCCUCAUUUCAUGGUGUCGUGUGCUGAGGCAGAGAGUAGGCUCUGUGUGGAGACUCUUGGUGGUAUUCAGCCCACAGUACAUGGUCAGGUCCCAUCUUCCUCGGCCACUGAUUCUCCAUGUCAACACUCCAAGCAAUCACACUUCACAUCAGGUUGUGGUGAAGGGGCGUGGAAAAACACAUACACUACAGUGCGAUGGUGGCAUCACACAUCAGCUGACAUUCCAAUUAAACCCAGAGUUAGAGGUUUCAAGUCCACCCAUUCCCCUUUCAAGAGCCAUGGCUGACCAGAUGCGACUAUCCCAUUCUCAAGAACCUGUGGACAUAUCACAGUAUCUUCAGAAUUUAUUUGAUGGCCCAGAAGAACGUUGGCCUUAUGUAGAUACUUCUAACUUCAUGGGGGAUGUUCUCUUUGCUGAUCAGCCUAAAAUUGACUUGCAGGUUGGAUUCUCUGGUAUUUAUUCUCAGUGCAAUACUCUCUUGGUGGAUAUAAGACCUUGGGCUCUCAUGAUCAACCACUCAGGUAUAGAAAUUGCUUUGCGUGAACACGAGUCAACAAGCUGCUGGUUUGUGCCCCCUGGUGCUGUAUUUGCUCCUCCCAAGCUAGAUGGACUUUUUACAAUUGGGGUAGUUGAUAAUGAUCAGCAGUACCACACUGUGCCAUUGCAGUUGUCCAAAGAAGACAGGUGGUACAGCCUAAAAUUUGAAGGAAGGAUACCACGUGAAGGUUUUACAAACUUGCGCAUCUUGACACAAGAUAAAGUAUACUUGAUCACAGUAUUGUCCAGUUAUGAGGAGAACAUACAGAUCUUGCACCUCCUUCCCACUUACUCCAUCACCAACAACACCCAAGAGGAAUUGACCAUCCGCUCAAUGUAUGUCUAUGCUGGUGACAUCAAGGUGCAGCUCCCAGUGUCUCUGCCAGCCCUGGACUUAGCCUCAAAACCAGCUACGGCUGAGCUGAAAGAAGUCCCCCUCCUAAUGUGGCACAUUCUCAAGGAUCCUGGUGCUUCCAGUUCAGAUGAGGAACUUUGCUGCAUACAGAUAGGUCAGAAUGGAUAUCAGGCACAUCCAGUGGUGGUGAGGGAUAAUCCCCCAGACCAGAGAAUGACAUUCACACUGCCAGAUGACCAAGAGAGUCCAAUUCUUAAUCGGUCCUUCUUGGUGACCUCCCACAAGUAUCAAGGACAGACAAAGAUGGUGGUCCAAGAAGAUCCUUCACCACAAAUGAUAAUACACAACAAUACCAAAGCUUUACUUAUAUUAGGCCAGAGUUCAACCAAAGAAGAUGGGAUCAUGGAAGAGGAAUUGGACAUGUUUGCAGCAAUGCCGUCAGUUCCACCCAACAAAGCCGUCCAUUACACUUUCCCUUACAUCUCUCAGAGGUUCCCAAACAUUGUGUCAAAUAAUGCUGCAUACCCACGCCUUCAUUUCUCACAGCCUGAUGUUCUCAAUAAUG